AUGUCGGAUAUAUCCAGUCCAACGAGCAGUCAAUCAAGUUUAUCGCAAGAUGGCUGGUCUGGCGACUCCAAGGCCUCGUCGCCAGCGUCUUCCCCGGAGAAGGCGCCUGACUCAGACUCAACAACUACAGGGUUUUUCUUCGUCGACCCCAUGAAUACUGGCAAGACCUCGACCCAAUACAGCCAAGCCAGGCAAAAACAGGCAUUUCUUGCCAAACGUUAUCACCGAGAGAGAAAGCAAGCUGCUAUCCAGCGACUAAAAUCUACGAAAUCAGCUUCUCAGUCAACAACCCUUGCUCUAUUAAACCCACCCGGCGCCCAAAUUUCUCGACGGAACAAAGAGUUUAUAGAUGAAGACCAGAGGCCCGACAACUCUGAGGCAGUUCUGAGAAAAAACACCGGGACAUUGACAACUUGCCUAGGGGAAGGGUUUAAAGAUCCAUUCAAUAGCUACGCUAUUCCCAUGACAGAUUCUAUGCACAUGUACUUGAAUCACUUUCGAAUCCACGGCGUCGGAGCGGCAUAUCCACUCAAUGUGACGCUAAUGGGUACAUACCUAUGGCGAGAUCUCAUUUCGAUACCAGCACUUGUCAAUAUUUUCUGCUUCUUUAGUGCCAGGCAUGUUGCAAUGCUAGAGUCAAAAGCACAUGGGACAUCACAGUCUGUCCAAAUGUCCAUUUCCAGUUCAUUUCAGUUUCGGGGAAGUGUUCUUAAAUACCUGAAUGAUAUUAUGGGAGACCCGACCAAUGCUAUCGCAGAGACAACAAUCUAUGCUAUCGCAAGCUUUGUGACAAUCGAGUCUAGUAUGGGAAAUAUCGAGGCAGUUGUGGCACAUCAAAGGGGAUUGAAGAGGCUUGUUCACCUCUUUGGAGGAAUUGAAGCUUUACCACAUAUGACACUUUCGAAACUCUACCAAUGCGAUGUUAAAGGUGCAAUCCUAAGGAACACACAGCCAUUAUUCCCCAUGUCCGCACGCUUCCGAAGCGAGAUCUGCCACGAGUCCGAUGUUUUCCAACCUGAUUGCGACCUUGCUAUACCACCCGGAUUAGAAGACCUUGGUGUUCGCUUCGCAAAAGGCUUGUGGUUUACCUUACUAGACAGAAGCAUGCAAGCUUCUGUUACGAUCUUUCGCCGUCUUAUUCUUUAUUUCGAGAACGCAUCGCUACACCCUGAACAUGGGUUGUUAACAGAUAAUGACCUACUAGUUGUCACAGAACAUCAACUUCUCUCAUUAUCUUUCUCGGCCGACAAAGCACACAGUCUCAACGAGCCUCUUCGUCUUUGCCUCCUUCUAUAUCUCAAUCUCCGCGUUUGGCAUCUACAAGGCCUGCCUAUCCUGGACUCAUUGGUCGCGUCUCUCCAGGAAUACCUAGAAGCAGAACUUCUGUAUUUACAGAGUAUUGCUCCAGAUCUCAUGUUCUGGAUGCUUUUUAUGGGCGGCAUGGCAUCCAGGGGGGGCUCAUUGCAUCCUUGGUUUGUUGCCCACCUUAUCGAAACCAAGGAGUAUCUGCAGGUACAGGAUUGGAUUGAAGCUAGGGUGAUCCUUACCGAGUUCUUUUACACCCACCAACCUGGAGUAACCGGGGCAGAGGAUCUCUGGAAUGAGGCUUUGUUGGCUAAGUCAUAUCCAUAUAUCGCGCCAAAAACUACGUUGCAUGUUGUGAGGAAAUGA